UGUAAUUCAUUAAUAUUGAUGAUUUUUUAAUUUUUUGUUUUUAUACAUUUUAAAUUGUGUUUUUGAAUUUCAAAAUCGCAAAUGUCAGAGAGGAAUUCUCCGACGUCACCAAGGAGUACUAAAUUUGACAAUGAUUUUAAAUCUGGUAAAUUCACCAAAGAGGAAUCUGAUAAAAUAAAGAAGGCUAUUGAUGAUUUCAUUUCAGAGAACUAUAGGUGUUCCAGGGAGGCAGCCUUAAAGAGAUUGAUAAAGAAAAGGGGGAAUAUUCCUUCACCCUUGAUUUACAUAGCACAGGAAGUCUUACCUCAUCGCCAUCCUAGAUCUGUUUACAACUUCUUCAGGAGGCAUAUUCUCUACAACAAGACUGGACGGUGGACCAAUGAAGAAUUGUUCGCUCUUCUAAAGACUUAUUUUCUUAAUGAAGAGUCCGGAAUCAACUGUUGGAAAUCAGUAACUAAGCAGUUAAAGAGGAGUCCUGAGCAGAUCCAUGACAAGUUUCGUGAGAUUAAGCAUUAUAUUGACAAGUUUAAGUCUGUGGUUCAAAGUUCCGAACUUUCAGAAGCUGAUAAGAUCUCCAAGAUAGGAAAAAUGACCAGAAGGCAGGCAAAAGGCUCAUCAAAGAAUACUAACAAUGAUACCGUGGAGGUUACACCUGCUUUUCAGCAAAAACUUUACGAUAUCGUAAGGGACAUUAUGAGCAAGGAUAAGAAUUUAUCACUGGAAAACGUUCCCUGGGCCAAAGUACAGAAGAAAUUUCCCGACUAUUCCAUCACUAGGCUCAGAAUACACUUCAAUAUGACCAUUUUACCCAAAGUUUACACUACAGUCUACGAAGGUUUCAGUCCAACAAUGGUUUCUAGGAUUUGUUUUAGAUGGAUGCGUAAGCUCCUGAAAAGGCCUAAUUCCAUCAACCUAAAAUUUCUCAGCGAGGUUGACUUCAAGAACAAGUUCCCUCAAGUCCCUCUCAUGUACACUAGAUACUGCAUCAGGAGAACCCUGUUGCGCAUGGCUCGCAAGUUCAGGCAUCACAUUCUAGACCAACAAAAACUCACCCAGAAUGAAGAAAACGACCUUGACCUUGACCUUGAAAUAUUGGCAAAAAUUCCUUCAGAUUCGGUUGAAGGGAUUUUCUCAAAAAAGGAGUUUAAUUUACUCGUUAAGUUUACUUACACUGAUUUGGAAGUCAAGCGGUGGAAAAAACACGACAAGGACAUUUUAAAAAAAAUCAAAAAUGACAUUUUACCUGUUUGCAAAUUAUGUUAACUUUAAA